AUGUCCCUCAAAACCAGAAUGGCCAAGACGUUACAACAGAUAAUCCCCAACCCAGACCACGAUAGGGAACCGGUCAAAGGGAAUAAGGUCAAGAGGGUGAAUGCAUACCACAACUGUCUCUACCAUGGUCUCGUUACCAGAUCAAGCAGAGGACCACUUACACUUGAUGGUGAUGAGUUUUUCAGUAACGGCGACACUCCUAAUGUUAACCAAAACGUUGUUAUCAAGCAAGGGAAGAUGGAGUUUGAUCUUGAAGACCCACUAGUCAGCUUGGGGGAAGAGAAAAUCUGUAAUGUAUCAGAACUCUUUGCCUCCGAAUCAGAUCACAUGCCCUCACCAAAGUACUUAAGUUUAACACAUUUUCACGUUUUCUGUUGCGAGGCCGUAUCUCUUAUUCUUCAGGUUCAGCUUUCUUGCAAAUUGGACCCUUUUGUAGCUUAUCUUGCUAUAAAUUACAUGCACCGUUUCAUGUCAACCCAGGAAAUUUCGCAGGGGAAGAAGUGGUAUCUCAGGCUUGUUGUGGUAUCAUGUCUUUCUCUCGCUUCAAAGAUGAAAAACACAACUUUGUCAUUUUUGGAAAUGCAGAAAGAAGAUUGUAACUUUAAGGCUCAAAGUAUUCAGAAAAUGGAGCUUCUAAUUCUCGGGGCACUGAAAUGGCGUAUGAGGUCAAUUACACCUUUUUCUUUCCUGCACUUCUUUAUCUCUUCAGCUGAAAUUGAAGACCAAUCACUGAAGCAAGCACUUAAAGAGAGAGCUUCUGUGGUAAUCUUCAACGCUCAAAAUGCACAAACUCUGAAAUGCAUCUCUCUUAUGGCUGCAGACAUUAAGCUUUUCAAGUAUAAACCUUCAACUAUUGCUGCAGCUGCCCUUAUCUUUGCAUCUCAUGAGCUAUUCCCACAGCAAUAUUCUAUUCUGAGAGCUUCAAUUAUGGCCAGUGAGUACCUACAUGAGGAGACAUUGUUCAAAUGCUUUGAUUUGAUGCAAGAGAUUAUGAGAAUGGUAGCAAAGGAGUUAAAGACAGAUACAAGCUUUUUAAUAGCAGAAACUCCAGUGAGUGUGCUUGAGAGAAACACCAAACGACAAAGAAUUUAA